AAAGGAAGAAUAUCAGUCGUUCUUGAGAGCACUUUUCAUAAGGAGAUCCAGAAUAAGCAAAGGAGAUAAAUGUGACAGUUUUUCUCUCCUCUGAUUGAGCAUGUGUGUCAAAACGAAAAGCCAGGCAAAGCAAUUGAGUUACUCGAGGAAGCUUUCAAGCGUUUCCAUGAUGAUCCAUUCUUUGCACAACAACUUGCUCGUCUUCAUUAUAAAUAUGAAAUGUUCGAAGAGGCAGAACACUGGGCAGAGACGGCAGCAAGACAGCUGCCAAACAACUCAUACAUACUGGACACAAAAGGACAGGUGUACAAAAAAUGGUUCCAAGCCAAAUGCAAAGUCAUUGACAAUGACUCCAAACCAAACACUGCCAAAAAUACAGCAGAUGCUGUGAAGACUGCACUGAAAGCCAUGCAGUGUUUUCAAGAUUGUGAGAGAGCAGCUACAGCAGAUACGGAAAACAUAAACAAUUCUGGAUAUUUUGCUGAAGUUGAAGUUGGAUGCAACCUGCUCAAACUGAUAUUUUCAUUGCAGCUUUUCGCAAAUGGAGCCAGAGGCCAUGGAGAAUGUCUGAAGUACUUGUUCACUGAUUACAUUCCAGAGGUACUUAAAGAUGACUGGGAACCAUUCCAUGAUCGUUUGAAAAAGCUUUACAAGACAGUGGAAGAUGCCUUGGAGUGGAUUUCAGGAGACCUCAGUUACUUCCAGACAGACGCUGGUGUAGAUGAAGAUGAGAUUCAUUUAGGUCCUGAGGCGAAGAUAAACAAUCCACUGAAAUGGUUGGCAAAUAUAUCCUCUGUGUUUGGAAGGUACUUCAGUGAUGCUUCUUCUGCUGCAUUUCUGCAAACUGGCCAGUCAACUGCAACCAAUCUAACUCCUAUACAAAAACGCAUGGUCAUCUAUCGUCUUGGUGGGGGUAACGUCACAUCCAUCCUCUCUAAGCUACGUGAAGAGAAGGGUGCAGUAGAUACUCUAAACAAAAUCCUUUCUCUCUACCCCAGCAAUCCACUGAAAUCAAAGUUUGACCAGCGUGAUAUUGUGAAUUACACACUGGCCAGCAUUACUCUGAACUGCUUGUCACCGAUGGCUCCAAAAGGUCCUCCUCUCAAAGUCCUUCAGGACCUUUGUCGUCAGUUCCCAGCUGACAAAAAGAAAUGUCUACCAAGUUCCUUGUUCCUGCUUACCUUACUAUUCUGGCCAGAGGAUAAAGACACAGACCUUGAGAGAGAAAACAAAUAUGAAGUUGUCCAAUCAGCUGUUCAACACAUGGAGAAAGGAUACUGGACCAAGAUGAAGGACAUUCCUCCACGGAAGAGAAGACUUUACACCCAUUUCUUUCUGGGCAGUGGAAAUGGAUUGGAUAAAUUUAUCCACAAGAGAAAGUUUGAAGGACUCGUAAAGGUGACCUCUCUCUCUGAGAAGCGCAUGAAGUGGUUAAGUGGUGAGGUAUGGAAGAAGCCUGAGAUCGCCAAGUUGUUAAAACGUGUUUCUGGAUGGACUGAUGAUGGAGUGGUGUACCUCGAGGGCCCUCAGAAACAGAAGUUCAGGAUAAUGCCGCUUCAUUUACCUUCACUGCCUCAUAGCAAUGAAAACAUCACCUUCUACCUGGGGUUCACCUUCAGAGGUCCUGUUGCCUACAACAUCGUGGUAAAUAAAUAGGAUCGUUGUUCAAAGACAAACUGUCAUUUACCAAAGCAUGGGCUUUGUAGUAAUAGGAGAAAGACAGAGUUUGAUUUGGACUUAAAAACACGCAAGGUUUCCUUUGUCAGUUUGUCAAGCAGGAAAUAAUUUGUAAAACAUGUUGUUUUUUAAGAUAUGAGAUGUUUUGAUACAUUUUGCAUGUUUCCUCUCUUGUACUUGUAUAAACAGUGUAAUAAGUGUAGUCAAAACACAACCACUAUAAGUUUCAUUAAUGUUGUCAUUCUUUGUUUAUACAUAUACAAACAUUUCGGAAAAAAGAACAACAAUUUAAACAAAAUGUGCUAAUUUGUGAUUUUAUAGAAAUGAUGUAUUUUUAAGAUCUGUGUGUAGAACUGCUAUUUUCGAUUGUAUGUGGAUGUACUUCAGAUGGAUGAAGUUCACACCUGUCCACGGUAGCGUACACUCACUCCUUCAUGCUUUCAAAGAUACAAUGUAGAAAGGAAGGGAAGGUAAAUAUAUUUUUCAUGGGAAUUGUAUCAUUAUUUUAGUCAAAGAUGUAUCAAAAGCUUAUGAACAAAACAGUGUUCAUUUCAAUACAAUGUCUGUGCAUAUUGAUUAUGCAAAUGAAAAAUGUUUAAAUAAAUGUCUGUGUAGAUAUUGAAAAGAAUGUUCUUGCGAUGUGUUUGUAUAAAUAUUGAAUAUAUUCUACGCGAGCUAUGGAACCCUACUUGUUCUCAACAUGAAACUGCACAUAAAGCCAGUUGCACUAUCGAUCAUUGUAUCUGUCAUAAGAAAUAAUAAUAAAGUUUAAAAUGGUGUGAAAAUG